CAGUUUUAUUAUUACAGUGAAAAAAUAAAUCAUUUUUUAAAAUUUGCAUUAUUUGGAUAAAAUGGAGUCUCUAGGAGACUGCCUUCCACAAUUGGAAGCUUUCUUGGUAGCAGUUUUCUGGAUAACAGAUCCCAUGCGUGUAUUGAUUUAGAAAGGAUUUGGAAAUAGCCAUGAUAUAUUCUUAUAAAGGGCUGAAGCUGUAUCAGUGGAACCUCUCUGACUUAUUAUUGAUUUAUUAAACUGGCUGCUUUCUUGAUGCGACACCACCAAAGACUGUCGAACGUAUUUUGCCUUCAUUUUCUAAUAUUUGGGUGCUAGACAUCAAAGCAAACAAGUUCUCAAUAAAUAUCUUAUUUACCAGUGUUUAAGGUGGAUUUAAAAUGUAAAGUGUCAUGUUGUAGUUACAUAUAUUUCAAUCAUGUUUUUCUUUUUAAUUUUCCUCUCUUUCCAACCUUAAAUUUAAAGUACUAACAAAAAAAAAAAUGAAAGUGGGAUAAAAUGUUGUUUUAUGUAGUUUCAUUUUUAUUUGAUGGGAUGGUCGCCAUAAUAUUCUUUUUCUCACUGUGUAAUUGUUCAACUACUGCCUGGCCAUGUACUCACUUGACUAGACAGGAGUUUAAAUUCAAUACUAGAGAGUUACAGAACAAUAUACUGUAUACAAAUAAAUCAAGGAGAACAAAUAGAUCAGUUACAAACUGGUUUUUAAUACCACUGUCUCUGUCAUAAUAAUUAUUAAGGCUAAUGUUUACACAGGUGUGACAAUGGUUGCUAUGGUUACCAUCAUUGUGAUGCUAAACACAAGAGAGAUAAGAUCUGGUUGCCAUGGUUAUGCUCUUUGUGAUGUCAUACACAGAAGCGGCAAACCCUGGUUGCUACGGUUACUCUCAUUGUGAUGUCAUACACAGGAGAGACAAGCCCUGUGGGAAAAACACCUGAAGGUCAUUACACGGAUUGGUAGUGGUGGAGUAAGAAGCUAUCUUCAACUCUGUCGCUAAUUGGAGCUUUCCAUUCUUUUUCAUAACUGAACUUAUUUAUUUAUUGAUUAUUUAUCAUUUAUUGAUAACUUGUUUAUUAUUAUUUAUAAUUUAUUUAUAACUUAUUUAUUUAGAAUUUAUUUAUCACUGAAUUUAUUGUUACUUGAAGAAUAUUAUCAUGGAAAAACAAGAAGAAAAUUGUAAGAUUGAUAUAGAAGAAGAAGAAACGGACAAAGAAUAUUAUUCAUGUAUGAGGAGGGUCAGCCGGAUAAUGGUUACACUAAUCAUUGGGCUCCUUGCUACCUGGUAUUACAUAUUUGUGGUGGAGCUGUGCAUAUUUACUGUACCAUCACCUGCGCUAAAGGCGACCUUCCUGGUGAUUUUCCACAUUUUGUUCUUCCUGUGCGUGUGGAGUUAUCUUCGGGUUGUUAUAACGCCUCCUGCCGUCCCUCCUGAAACAUUCCGCCUAUCGGAGUCUGACAAGCAGCUGUAUCUGAGUGAGGAGAGGCCAGAAGUGCAGGAGCAAAUCCUCAGCCGUGCGGCCAAAAACUUGCCUUUAUACUAUAAUAUAGAUUCAGAAACACCAAUCAAGUACUGUAGAAAAUGCCAAUUCAUAAAGCCAGACAGGUGCCACCAUUGCACAGCGUGUGACAUCUGUAUACUGAAAGUGGAUCAUCAUUGCAUAUUUCUAAACAACUGUGUGGGAUUUUCCAACUACAAGUUCUUCCUCCUGUUCCUGCUCUAUGUACCCCUACUGUUGAUAUUCACUAGUGCAGUGUCCCUUUAUUGCUCCAUACUGUUCUGGACUGAUCAACUGCCAAACAUGGAUUCCAAAGACUCAGUCAUUGCGCUGUUCUGCAUGAGUACAUUGUUCUGUAUGAGUACAUUGUUCUGUAUAAUCUUUUGUUAUCAGUAUAUUUAUUGCCAUUACUCACUGGUUUUAAUGAAUCAAACUCUUCUAGAGGUUGGCAUACAUUGUGAGUAUAAUCCCUAUGACUUGGGCUACAGAAAGAACUGGAGGCAAGUGUUUGGCAAUAAAAAGAGAUAUUGGUUCAUCCCAAUCUUCAGCAGCUUAGGAGAUGGCUCCUCUUUCCCACUGGGUGAUGCCACAGAGGACAUAGAGAAAAAUGGGACUAUUGACUGCCAAACCCCUAAAUGAGUCCCAAAAACAACUCUCAGACGUGAAAACCAUGCAGAAAAGUUCAUGGCCCUUGAAUUUCAUGCAGAAUUUUAGAGAAUUUUUUUUUUCAUGCAGAAGAGAGAGAAAAGCUGGAACUUAUCAAGAUGUGUUAAGGGGAGUAUUUAUAAAGAAGUGAAGUUCGUAUGCUUUAACUCAUAGCAUCACAGCAUCAUAAAUUUGCAGCUUUGCUACAUAUUCUACGUCUUCUUACAGAACCCCUUUGUAAUUGUUAUUGAAAUAAAUAUUUAUAUUUCUCUAAUAUUGUUGCAUCAUUUGUCAUUUUUUGUACCUAUAGGGGGCAGC